CUGAGCUGCUGUGUUUUGCUCCAGGCCUUCAGUAAGAAGAAGACCGAUGACAGGAAGGAGUGGCUGACUAACUUCAUGGAAGACAGACGCCAGAGGAGGAUGCACGGCCUGCCGGAGCAAUACCUGUAUGGAACUAACGCCAGGCACCUCUCCUACAAUGACUUCAUUAACAAAGAGCUGAUUCUGUUUUCCAACUCUGACAACGAGAGAUCCAUUCCAUCCUUGGUUGACGGUUUAAAGCCGGGGCAGAGGAAGGUGCUGUUCACCUGCAUGAAAAGGAACGACAAGAGGGAAGUGAAAGUAGCGCAGCUGGCCGGUUCAGUGGCAGAGAUGUCUGCCUACCAUCAUGGAGAGCAAGCUCUCAUGAUGACCAUAGUGAACUUGGCCCAGAACUUUGUGGGCAGUAACAACGUGAACCUCCUGCAGCCACUGGGUCAGUUUGGUACUCGCAUCAACGGAGGCAAAGAUGCUGCCAGCCCUCGUUACAUCUUCACCAUGCUCAGUCCCCUUGCCAAGCUGUUGUUCCCAUCGGGGGAUUCCAACCUGCUCAAGUUCCUGUACGAUGACAACCAGAAGGUGGAGCCCGAGUGGUACAUUCCCAUCAUUCCACUGGUGCUAGUGAAUGGCGCUGAGGGCAUCGGAACAGGCUGGGCGUGUAAGAUCCCCAACUACGACCCCCGAGAGAUCGUCAACAACAUCAACCGCAUGCUCAACCACCAGGACCCCCUGCCAAUGCUUCCCAGCUACAAAAACUUCAAAGGAGUGAUCCAUGAACUGGGUCAGAACCAGUACCUGGUCAGUGGAGAGGUGUCUGUCAUCGACAGAAACACCAUCGAGAUCACAGAGCUUCCUGUUCGGACAUGGACACAGGCGUAUAAGGAGUCUGUGCUAGAGCCCAUGCUGCAGGGCAGUGACAAAACACCUGCUCUCAUCAAUGAUUAUAAGGAAUACCACACAGAUACCACGGUCAAGUUUGUGGUUCGCAUGUCUGAGGAGAAACUUGCCCAUGCCGAGUCAGUUGGUCUUCACAAAGUCUUCAAGCUGCAGUCCAGCCUUACCUGCAACUCCAUGGUGCUGUUUGACCACAUGGGCUGUAUGAAGAGGUAUGAUUCUGUCCAAGACAUCCUCCGGGAGUUCUUUGAGCUCCGCCUGCACUACUACAAACUGAGGAAGGACUGGUUACUGGGCAGCCUGGGGGCUGAGGCCGCUAAACUGUCCAACCAAGCUCGCUUUGUGUUGGAGAAGAUCGAAGGAAAAAUUACGAUCGAGAACAAAUCCAAGCGUGAAUUGAUCCGCAUGCUGGUCCAGAAAGGCUAUGAGUCUGAUCCUGUGGCUGCCUGGUCCAAGUCUCAGGAAAAGGCUCAGGAAGAAGAUGACCAUGAAGGCAACGAGAGCGACAGCUCGGUGGACUCUGGCUCCUCAUCGGGUCCAAACUUCAACUACAUCCUCAACAUGCCUCUGUGGUGCCUGUCUAAAGAGAAGGUGGAGGAGCUGCUCAAACAGAGGGACCACAAGAGAGCAGAGCUGAACGAUCUCCAGAAGAAACACGCCGAAGAUCUGUGGAAGGAGGACUUGGCCGUGUUUAUCGAGGAACUGGAUAAAGUGGAGGCUCAUGAGCGAGAGGAGCAGAGUUUAGGGAAGGCCGUUAAAAUGGUGAAGGGGAAGGUGGGCAAACCCAAAGCCAAGAAGCUGAACCUGGAGGAGACCAUGCCCUCACUGUUUGGUCGCCGGGUGGAGCCUCCAACUCAGGCCAUCAGAUCUGACGCAGCCAAGAAACUGACCAAAAAGAAGAAGAGUGACGUCGAUCCAGCGGUGAAGCUGGAGUUUGAUGAGGAAGGUUUGGGCGGUGAGGGAGCAACGGGAGAAAUCUCUGUAGCCAAACCAAAGGCUCCACGUGUCAAGAAAGAGAAGAAAGAGCCUGGAGCUCCCAGAGUGAGAAAACCCCCAGGACCCAAAGGUGUCCCUGCUAAGAAGGUGAAGAAGAGGAACCCCUGGUCUGAGGACGAGUCCAAGUCCGAUAGUGACCUGGAGAACAGCCAGCCUGUCAUCAUCCCCAGAGAGACCAAGUCCCAGAGGGCAUCAGCUGCCAAGCCCAAAUAUACGUUUGACUUUUCGGAGGAGGAGGAUGACGCCGCUGACGAAGAGGAGAACGGCGAGAACGACGUGGCUUCAUCUCCGAUGAGGUCAUUUAAAGAUGAUUUCCUCUCCUCUGAGACCAAGGAGCGCUACAGCGACCAUCACGAUGACGACGACGACGACGACGACGAUAACGAAGACUCUUACUCUGCCCCCCCAAAAAAGACCACGUCUGCACCUGUAGCUAAAAAGCAAGAGACAACCAGCAUCUUCUCGUCCAAGUCAGCCUUCUCAGAAAAAAGCAAUGACAGUGAUGGGUCCAAGUCUGACAGCGAUGACAACAUCGCCCCGGUGUUCUCCACUUACUCCAGCAGCUCUGCGUUUGACAAACUCUCACCAGCAAAGAAAGCAGCUAAGAAGCCGUCUGAUGCAGCUCCCAAACCUAAGAAGCCACCAGCACCAAAAGCAAAGAAGCCUGAUAAAUCCAUCUGGGACUCUGACUCUGACACUGGGUCCAAGAAGCCAGCCUCAGCUCUUAAAGGCAAAGGCAGAGGGAGGAAGAGGAAGGGCUCUGGCUCUGAAGACGAGUACAGUCCAAUGAAGAAAAUGGCAAAACCUGUCGGCAGAAAGCCUCAGAAACCUCCAUCAGAUGACGAGGACGAUGACAGCAACAGCCUGAGCGCGAAGAGCGCUCAGUCCCGGGACCGGCCGGGACGGGCCAAGAAGGAAGUCAAGUACUUUGACGAGUCAGACAACGGGGGAGAAGACGACGAUGACGACAUGUUCGAUUAAAGCAACACACUUUAAACACACUCUGCUUGUAUGGAAGUUUCCUCCUCCUCCUGUGUUCCCACAGACUUUUGUACAUUUCCUCUUUCAUUUUAUUUCAUUAAUGGUGAUGUUACAAUGAUUUUUAUUGUGUAGUUGUUUUACACUUUUUAUUAUACAUAUACAGGUUUCUUUUUUUAUGCUCAUUGAAAUGUUCUGUAUUUGUCCCGAAGCGGCUUUUAGAAGUUUAGAACGCUGUGCUUUAGCACAUUUUAAUUGUUGAAAUACUAUGUAACUUUUUGAACAUGAAGUUGAAAAGUAAACAAUGAAAUGUC